AUGAGGAACCCACUGCCUGGCGCUGCGCUGACAUUCUGGCUAUUUCUAGAGUGUGUCGAAGCCAAAAAGUACUGCUGGUACUUUGAAGGCGGAUACCCCAUCUACUUCAUAUGUCGCUCCUAUGAGGACUGCUGUGGGACUCGCUGCUGUGUGAGAGCCCUGUCCAUCCAGAGGCUAUGGUACUUCUGGGUGCUGCUGAUGAUGGGAGUGUUGUUCUGCUGCGGGGCCGGUUUCCUUGUGCGCAGGAGGAUGUACCCGUCCCCUCUGAGAGACGACCCAGCCUUCAACGUGUCCUUCACCAGACACCCCGCCACCUCUCCAGUCUCCCAGCAGCCAGGGAGCAUGCAGGGCUUCGGGGUCAACGGGAUGACGGGGGGUGACCCGGCUGUUACUAUGUCGCACCCGGCGUACCCGGCACAGCCUGGCUCCGCCCAUAUGAUGAUGAGCUCCUACCCUCCACCUCCGUCCUACUGCAACCACCCGCCGCCGUCCUACGAACAAAUAUUUCAAAACAGCGACAAGAAGUGACGUCUGCGGGGAGCGAAGGAUUGGAAACUAAAUAACGAGAAAGUGAAGGAGAUGAAUUAUCAACAAGUUCAGAGGAAGAGGAGGAAACCUGCCAGCUGUUUGGAACUUUGUGGAUGUAAAACUUGUAAAACAAUCUCCUGUCCUGUGGAACACACUUACACACACACACACAGCUUCAUCUUCAUCGAUGUGGAUAUUUGUGUACACUGAUCGUGCAGACCAGCAAGGAUGCACCCUUCGGGUUUAGGAUGCACCCACCGUCACCUCCACCCUCCCAACAGCUGCAACUGUGCAGAAAACUCAUGUUUUAAAUGCUGGUUUGUUUUAAUAAUUAUUUAGAUAUAUUUCAAGCUGAAAAAUGUAACAAAGUGAAACACAUAGAAAUGUACACACCCUUGUUAAAAGCGGUUUCACAGAUGACUGAUUUAUUUCCCCACCAGGAUGGACUCUUUACUAAAUGAUGAGUUCCUGAUACAUUUUGUAUUCGUACAAUAUGAUUACACAAUGAGCAGCUCCAGCACGCUCCGCAGCUUCAGGUCAGGACUGAGUGACGCUGCGAUGGAGCGUGUGCUCGUGUCCCACAUGAAGGUGACACAGAGCUCGGGCCACUCGGUUUUCUGAUUGCAACAUAGUCUGAAAAAAAAGGGAACGAAUAAUCACAUUUUUGUAUUGAACAGACAAAUCUGAGUUUAAUAAAGAACGUGACCGGCCAGUGAUGCGUCACUGAUGAUGUGGCUGCUGAUGUCAUGUCGCCCGCUGACGUCUUCACAAUCUGCCACAUGCACACAUCUUAACGCCGUAACAUUAAACUCAGAGACGUCACUGACCAUCACGAUACGCUUCUGGCAGCUAACCCAGUGAAGCUGCACAUUAGUCCUGUACAGAGAGGUUAAGAAAUACUUGACCCCAAAAUAAAAAUAUUAAAAUAUAUGUAUAGAAAACUGGAGAAACGAUCCCGAAAGAUCCUAAGAUCAUACAUCUUCUGGCAAACCGCAAACCGAUUUAAAUAUAUUGGACGUCAACAGAUUUUCCUGCUACAAAAAUGGGAUUUACCGUUAAAAAUAAAACGCUGACCAUCAGUUGAUCAGUUUCUCCAUACUGUCCUGUCACACCAACAGGACAGUAUGGAGAAACAUUUAGGUCUCCAUCAAUACAUCUGUGUAUAGAUGUUUAUCAGGCAGCGGGUUGAGAGGAGCAGCCAUUGUUCUGUCUGACAGGUGCACAGUGAUCGCGCCUGGUUCACCUCCAUGAAGACUGACCAGAUUUAACAUCUUAGUACAUGUUCGGUGAAACACUGAAUCAUUUAUAAGUAUCAUCAGCUGCCAGGGAGGAAAGAUCCUCAAGUUUAGCUGCAAAUGUGUUGAAAUAGAAAGUUUGCCUCCAAUAUUAUGUCUUGCAUAUUUCGCCAAAUAUUGAAUGCAGAAAUCACGAGUGUUGCUGCAGAACAGUGGAGGCAGCACGACACGACAUCUAUCACCGUUACGGUGAAGACGUUUCUUUGUGAGAAUUAAUAACAGCUUUAAAGGUAAGCUGUGUAAAACACGACACAGGAAGUAGUGUGUGAACUGUUACUACAGUAGUGUGUAACGGUUAUAUUUUAAUUAAAGUUUAAUUCCAAUAGGCUGAAAGUUUCAUUGUUUAAAGUCUUACAGAUGAUUUAUCUUUAAGCGAAGUGCACAUGACUCUCUUGCAUGGCUCAAUAAAGUUAAAAACAUUGCUAAUGUUAGAAUGUUUCUGUUCUUGAUGUACAUGUUGACCUGAUGCGGUGCUAAAUAAAGUGAAAACAAAGUUUCAUUCUUGGAUACAGUAAAUGCAACAUUAGAACGUAUUCUGAUUAAUUCUGUCAAACUAUGCAACAGGAAAUUAAACAUCUUGUUUGUUCUGCUUUCAACAGGAAAUUAAACAUUGUGAAAUAUGUAAAUAAACUUCUGAUAAAAUGUGA